AGGCUUUGCGAAAGUGAAUCUGAAACCGUACGAUUUUGGGUCAUCACUAGCACGAGUGAAGCAGUCAAAACAACAAUUAACACAGAUUUUAAGGUUCCAAAAUGGAGAACCACUGCGGAUUAGUAACUCUACAGAAGGAACCAGUGCCUCUGAAGGGCAUUGCUGUGGAUGUGAGUGUGCAGGGGCAUGUGGCCACUGUGAGCUCCAUUCUGCAGUAUGAGAACCAGGAGGAGAGCCCUCUGGAGGCCGUCUUUGUUUUCCCUUUACCAGGAGAGGCUGCUGUCUGUAGGUUCAGCGCCAAGAUUGGACAGACUGAGGUGGUGGGUGAAGUUCAGGAGAAACAGAAGGCGCAGGAGCUGUAUGAUGAUGCACUGAGCUCAGGCCAGCAGGCCUUCCUAUUGGAGGAAAGUAGUGAGAGCCCAGAUGUGUUCAGUCUGAGUGUGGGCAGUCUGCCCCCAGGGGAGAAGGCCUCCAUUAGCCUGGACUAUGUGACGGAGCUGGCUGUGCAGGCCGAUGAUGGACUGAGGCUCUGCCUGCCUGCUGUCCUCAACCCCCGCUACAAACCCCAGGGACCAGACAGUGCUGCUGGUACCCAGGUGUCCUCUGUGCCUGCUGGCUCUGUACCAUACAGUCUGUCCCUCAGGGCCCACGUAACCUCCCCCCACCCCAUCUCUAAAGUAGAGUCCAACUGUCCCUUGGAACCACUCAACUACCUGAACACAGAGAGAACUCAAGCCACGGUCAGCCUGGCUGCAGGUCAUAAGUUUGAGCGGGACAUUGAGCUGUUGGUGUAUUACCAAGAUGCCCAUAAGCCUACCGCUAUAGUAGAGGCACCACAGACCUCUGCCAAGCCAGGCACUUUGAUGGGUGACCCAGUGAUUAUGCUGAGUCUCUACCCAGAGUUCCCCAAGCGUGGGAUGUCAUCGAUGACCUCCCGUGGUGAAUUUAUUUUUUUGGUGGAUCGCUCUGGCAGCAUGGGUUGCAAAAUUCACUCAGGGCCUGGCGCACAGAACCGCAUUGGCAGUGCCAGGGACACUCUGCUGCUCUUGCUGAAAAGCUUGCCCAUGGGAUGCUACUUCAACAUCAUUGGCUUUGGCUCCAGUCAUGAGAUGUUCUUUCCUAAGAGUGUGGAGUACAAUCAGAAGACAAUGGAUGAGGCUCUGCAGAAGGUGAAGGGAAUGAGUGCUGACCUGGGAGGUACAGAGAUUCUCCAGCCUUUAAAAUACGUCUACAGCCAGCCCUGCCUUCCUGACCACCCGAGACAGAUCUUCUUGUUCACUGAUGGUGAGGUCUGGAACACCAAGGAGGUCCUGGAUCUGGUGAAGAUGAACUCCGGCUCUCACAGGCUGUUCUCCUUUGGAAUUGGGGAGGGGGCCAGCUCUGCACUCAUCUCUGGGAUGGCCAAGCAGGGUGGAGGGCAUGCACAGUUUAUCACAGGACAGGACAGGAUGCAGCCCAAAGUGAUGCAGUCUCUCAGAUUUGCCUUGCAGCCAGCUGUGGUGGACAUCUCAGUCAACUGGAAUGUCCCGAAGGGAGUGUCUGUUACCCCACUGUCUCCACCAAUCAGAGUGGUCUUUCAGGGUCAAAGGGCACUGCUGUAUGCCCAGCUCACUGGGGAGAGCCCAGGGGACACAAAGGGCUCAGUGACAGUGAAGUACAGUCUGGCUGAGAAGCCUGUUGAGAACCAACUGAGCUUCAGUCUUAAACCUGCAGUGGACACUGGACUGACUGUCCACAGGCUGGGGGCUCAAACUCUGAUCCGAUCCCUGGAGAUGGAAGAGAGAGAGAGAGAUGGAGAUGAGAAGAUAGAGGGAGUGAAAGAAAAGGUGGUAGAGCUCAGCGUCCAAUCAGGAGUAAGCAGUGCCUUUACUGCCUUCAUUGCAGUCCACAAGGGAGAUGGAAAGGCUGUACAAGGACCACUGUUUCAUAGACAAGUCCCCACGCCAAUGAUGUAUCGUGGCUCUGGGAUGAUGGCACGUAGCUUUGGUUAUUCCAGUGGGAUCACAUUUCACAAGGCUGCUCCCAAGAAGAUGGGGGUUCUCAGGUCUGCUCCCAGCUGGAGGUCACGUGAAAUGGCGCCUCCCAGGAGUAUUGGAUGCAGCAUUGCUUCUUCCGGGUGGUUGGCACGUGGCAGGGCUGGUAGGAUGGAUGUGGAACACCAAGCAGAUCAUACAUCCCUAGUUGAAUUUCAGUCUCCAGUCCCACUUCCUACACCUGAAAAAGAGCCUCUCCUCCAGCUGAUCUCCCUUCAGAAGGCCUCUGGUUCCUGGAUUCUGGAGCCAUCGUUGGCUGAGGUCCUGGGAAAGCCUCAGGAAGAUGUGGCCAAGUCAAUGCCAGCACAGGUGAACCAAGAGGUUUGGGCCACGGUUUUAGCCCUGGUUUGGCUCUAUGGGUUCAAGAUUGAGGCUCAGGAGGAGUGGCAGUUUCUGGCGAUAAAGGCAGUGUCAUGGAUCAAGGCUCAGAACGUGGCCAAUGUGUCAGAGUGUGUCCUGGCUGGAAACAACCUUCUGGGUUGCCAGGUGCAGAUGGACACCAUGGGCCUUUGAGAGGUUCACCAUGGGCCUUUGAGAGGUUCACCUUGCCUGACCCCUCUCUCUCCCCCAUUCCUGCUGCUCUGCCAGGGGUCAGAUUCACAUGCUACUCUGCUGGCUCUUUGUUGUCUCCUCCAAACAAACAGUUGUACCCCUGACCAAGCAUAGUUAUUAACCUCUUACCUGAAAGGUGUUUGACUGUUGUGACAUUCAUGUUUCUCUUUGUAUUGGUUGUUUUUUUAACAUAUCAAUACUAAUGUAUUAUCUACAUAAACAGUUACAAUAUAUUUCUUGCAUGGUUUUUGUUUUAAGAAUGUCAUGUUCGAGAUGGCAGGACACAAGCACAGAAUAGGGAUUGGACGAAUGAAACCGAAGCUCCGAAGCACCGUUCAGUUUUCCGAGCUCUACUGUUCCGAUGCGGUGUACCAGAAGUGUGAUUCAAAGUACAACACCAUGUGACCAAUGACAAGUUCCAACCUGUGCCGUUUUCAGAGUGGCUGUUUUAUAACUGCGUGCAGAAAAGGUUAAUGAAAUCCAGUCACUUCAAGGGAUGUUAGUAGGGGUUUGAGACACGCAUGCAAAUGGGAAUUAGAGAGAAGUAUUUGAAAGAGCAAGUUAGUCAAGAGAGUCAUAAAAUAGAGCUUGUUAUUUGAUUGUUGCCAUAGAACAGUAAUUUUAGAGUUAUACAAGAGAGUAAUAUAGAGUGUUAGCUAGUUAUUUGAGAGUCAUACAAAAAAUUUGGUAAUAUUUGUAGUAGACAAGAUAAUGAUUAAGUGUUGCUUAGCUUGGUUCUUGGAAAGGGUAUUAGGAUUGUGUAUUAGAGAGCAAUGGAGAACAUGUGUAUGAAUGUGUGUGUAUUUGUAACUGAAGGCCACACUACGUUUGAACUAUGCGAGAACAGGAGUAAAUGGCUCAUUGGUUGGAAUUGUAUUGUUUUGUAAUGUUAUUUUUGUAGUCAUUAUACACAUUGCCAAACUACAAAGGUUAAGGUCUGUGUCCAAGUCCUCUGCAAUCUGUUGUGCAUAAAAAGGUAUACAAAGGAACAUUCUAAAUGUAUAUUGUUAUACAUUCUUGUGACUUUAAUAGCUUGGUGGCUUUGAUGCAAGAUGGCUGAUAAUACUAUCUAAAUAAUAUUUUGGCAUGUUGAGGUUAUAGGUUUGAAUCCCUGAAGUCAUCUUUUUAUUAAUAUUUGGUUUAAAUAACUGUCACCUUUCAUAAUAACAACAAUACAUAUGACACAUGAAGCUUAGUUUGACCACGUUCUUUUCAAACCAGAACGCAAUACACCACUGUACAGAAAUGACCAAAGACCAAAUAUAGAAUUGGCUUGUCUAAUAUUGUGGCGCAGUAGUACUGCUCCAGACUUCUGUUCAUAGGGUCAUUGGUGUGGACAAACUCAACUUAUAUAGGGUCCCCAAUUGGACACCACAAUGUACAGCUGCCUCUAAUUGGGAAAAACAACUGUGCAGAGAUGCCUAGAGGCCUCUCCUCUGCCAGGUCAUGACUAUAGCCCCCAGGCCAGUGCCAAGAUGCCUAGAGGCCUCUCCUCUGCCAGGUCCUGACAAUGCCCCAGACCAGUGCAGAGAUGCCUAGAGGCUUCUCCUCUGCCAGUUCCUGACAAUGCCCCAGACCAGUGCAGAGAUGCCUAGAGGCCUCUCCUCUGCCAGGUCCUGACAAUGCCCCAGACCAGUGCAGAGAUGCCUAGAGGCCUCUCCUCUGCCAGGUCAUGACUAUAGCCCCCAGGACAGUGCCAAGAUGCCUAGAGGCCUCUCCUCUGCCAGGUCCUGACAAUGCCCCAGACCAGUGCAGAGAUGCCUAGAGGCUUCUCCUCUGCCAGUUCCUGACAAUGCAUGUAGACCAGCACAGAGAUGGCUAGGGGCAUCCUCAUUACCAGGACCUGACAAGUAAUUAAUUCCAUGUAGGCUACUAGAAAGAAAUGGUGCCUUAAUUAUUGUAUAUUGCACCCCAGCUUCCACACCUAUGCAGUUUAGGGGUCAAAAUGCAUGCAGGGUUGUGGACAAUAUAAAGAACAGCCAGAUGAAAGCCCAUCGCAGUGCCUAUGCUCCGUAACACUGUGUCUCUAUUCAUUUAAUUCUGCAUAUUCCUCCACUU